AUGAUUCUUGGCCUUUGGAUUAUUUUCUCAGGAAACCCUCAACCUCCCUCCACAUUCUAUUCUGCUCAUCGCACGCCGGUUGGUAUUCCAACGAAAAUCAAAAUCAUGUUGCACACCGAGACCUUUCACUUAUACUCAUACUACUGCUCGUCAUGCUGUCAACGGAUCAUCAUCGCCGCUCAUCUUAAGGGUAUCCCCCUUAAAUUCACCUACAUUGACCUUGGGGCUAGAGCGCACACUACUGAAGAAUACAAACAAUCCAACCCUAGCGCUAGUGUGCCCAAAUUGGUGGUCGAUUUCGUUAAACAGGCCUUCACCGACGGAUUCCGGGCCUAUGAGAGCCUGUUGAUAAAGCAGGCUGGAGAGGGGAAUUUUUCUUUCGGUGGCUCUUUCUCUAUGGCGGAUGUGGUUUUGGUCCCCGCAGUCGAUCAGGCUUUGAUGUACCGAUUGGAUUUGGAUAUUGUGCCUAAUGUCAAGCGGAUUUAUCUAGCCCUUAAGGAACUAGGGCCUUUCAAGGCUGCGGAUUGGCGGAAUCAGGGGGAUACACCGGAGAAAUUUCGCAUCCAGGACUCUUGCCGCUAA